AUGGCUGCUUCUUCCAGGAGACAUUGUUUCUCCGAAGAGCACGAUGCUUGGACUUAUUCCAUGGAGCCUGGCUAUUCUGGCCACAACCAUUUCCAUCACCCCCACCAUGGCUUUGUGUCUAGAACAUUGGGUUACGGCACUUUCUACAACCGAGGUUUCAGAAGCCCCUCGAUUCUUUCUUCAAGAUCUGGGAGAUUUUAUGAUGCCAGAUUAGAAGAUCACCAACCCCACUUUCUUGAAGCUUGUUUUCUUUGCAAGAAGCCACUCGGGGAUAAUCGAGAUAUCUUCAUGUACAGAGGGGACACGCCUUUUUGUAGCGAAGAGUGUAGACAAGAGCAAAUAGAGAGAGACGAAGCGAAGGAGAAGAAUAAGAACCUCUCUUCUUCUAUGAAGGCUUUGAGAAAAAAGGAGCAAAGAAAAUCUGUCUCCCCAAACAAGGCCCAAGAUUACUCCUUUCGUGCAGGGACGGUUGCUGCCGCUUAG